AGUUCAUGUAUUCCACCGUUUCCGAUCUUAUAUCCAACACCUUUCAUAUCACACGAAAACAAAACCAGACGAAACUCAGUGAUUGUCCGCUGUCUGAUCCGCAUGCACAUGUAGACGAAUGCGGUCGCAGUGUUUACGGAUUUGACAGCACUUGGGAUCAGUGGCAUUUAAAUAGCUUUAAAGGCCGGUACCGAUACGUGAUUCGCUUUAACCUCUCCGAUAGCAGUGAGUGAAUUUAUAAGAUGAGGAGUAUUAUUUGAAUGAAGAAAGAUUAGCCGAAUGGUUGAAACUGAAAGAUGGAUUCUAUCAAUAUUCUUAUCGGAAUUGGUCUCAUUCAUUGUACUUUAUUCUUCUUUGACACAUUUUUCAAGUCAUGUUCUCACUACCCAUAUCUCUAUUUCCUCGAGAAUACCGGCCUAGAAAUUCAAGUGUUACGAGUCAAAUGGUAUACAACGGCUUGCAAUAGGAUGAUCAUGAAAUGGGCAAUGGACCGUUCUAGGUUCUGGUUAGCGUGGUUCAACGCAGGCGUUAUUAUAACUGUUCUCCUAUUGCCCAUUGCCUCGUUCAUCAUACUUAAAAUGACAUUCAGUCUAUGGAUCGGUCAAUCUCCGAAAGACAGUGGUAUUCAGACACUGGAACCUAUGUUACCCGGAGUGAAUCUACCGCUAAAUGAAAUUGGCUACUAUGCUGCAACAUUGGCUCUCUGCAGCAUAGUUCAUGAGUUUGGACAUGCUCUAGCUGCGGCACGGGAAGAUGUCCAGGUUUUUGGUAUGGGUUUACUUGUGGCAUUUGUUAUACCAGUUGCGUGCGCCCAUCUAAACAGCGAACAAUUAGGAGCUCUUCCAAUUUAUAAUCAGCUGAGGAUUCUUUGUGCCGGAGUUUGGCAUAACAUUGUACUUGCAACUCUUGCCGCUGCUACCCUAAUUUUAACCACCUGGUUAUGGGCGCCACUAUUCACAGUUGGACAGGGAGUCACUGUAAAGACUAUACUGCCUAACUCACCCCUGUUGGGGCCUACUGGACUUCUGGAACGCGAUACAAUCUACAAAAUCAAUGACUGUCAUGUCAACGACGGGGAUGAUUGGUAUCAUUGUAUUUUGACUGCAGUGAGACAACCCACACCUGGCUACUGUAUAACACAGAAACUUAUCCAGGAUCAUGACGAGUCUGUACCAGCCUGGCACAUGGCUAAUGGAGCGGUAAGUUGCUGUGGCGACGAUAGCGAAGAAGGUGGAAGUCUUUGCUUUGAAUACAUUGAGGGGCCGCCAGCAGCACCUUUACAGCUUCCACCCCAUUCUUGCUUACCUGCGAGAUUAGUGAUCUUAAACACGCAACGUUUUUGUCAAUAUAGUCACCACUGUGCACCACAUGAGAUGCACUGCAUGCAACCAUCUUUGGAUAAUGUAACAAAGGUUGUCCAGAUAAAGAGGAGAGAGGGAAAGGACGUGUUGUUCAUUGGACAUCCCGGAGAAAUUUAUCGCACCGUUGACGUUUCUGAUUGGGUUCCAAAGUAUAGUUUUUUAAGUUCAGAUGUUCCAGAAGCCUUGGCUCUUCUCUGUAAAUAUGUGACAGUGUUUUCUGCUGGCUUGGCUAUUGUAAAUGUUGUACCAUGUUUCUACUUUGAUGGACAAUAUAUCGUUGGGGCACUUUUCUUACUCAGAUCUAAGAUACGACACAAAAGCUUACGCCAGGCUCUAGCUCUAUGCGUUACUUGUAUAGGGACUCUAUUGCUCGGUGUUAACCUUCUGUACAUAUUUGUUAAUAAAAUAAUUUAGACAAUGCCAAUAGAGACCGAA